AACCAUUUUCGCAGCUUUGGCCACAGUUUGGCCAACUAUUUCUUCAACCACAACGUCCCGAAGCUGGUUUCUAUUCUAUCCCGUCGGCAACAAGGACGCCAAUAAUUUCUUCUCUCCUUUGCAACGCUUUCACAACCUCUCACCUUAUGUCCCAUACUGACUUCCGUGGAGUUGCAAUGCUCGCGGACGACGGCACAGGAUCAUUACACUCUCAAUUGAUAUCAAGGCCAAAAGUUGUAGUCGACGUAUUUCGUCAACUCCACUCUGCUCGGGAUCCCGCUCGGUGGAAAGUAGCUGAAGAUAUUUCAGCCUUCAUAAUCGGGCACAAUGACGACAUACCAGGAUCUUCUCAUGUCUCGCCUACAGCUGCCGAAUGGGACUCUUGUACUGAGGCUGGACUUCUGGAUCUCUGCUUUUCAAUCCUUACUGAGAGUAAUGUCUACCAAGACCCACGCAUAGUAACGGUAGACGAAGAAGAUGGGAUCUAUAUAGACCGCGUUCUGCAGUGUCUGUUUACUGGCAUGCUACUGUUCUCCAAGUUCAAUAUGCACAACUGUUCCGCUGCUCGGCGAAUCACUCAUCGCGUACCCCAGCUUCUUUGCUCGUAUUGGCGCAAGCGCGACUGGUUGUUAAAUUACGCGCCGAAUGGUGAAUCUCCUCCGGUAGAUCUCACUUACUGUAUCCAUCUAGUGACACAGUUUUUCGGGCUCUACCAGCUUCAACAUAAUGAGGUCCCGCCGUACGAGCAUCAUGUCGCCCAUCUGUUGAUUUAUUGUUGGAUACGAAGUGAAAGCCAUAUGCUCAGCGCUGCGGCUCUGGUACUGUUGUCCCAAGCAUCUUGCGAACCUAACUUUGUGACAGACACUAUGACGGGACAAGAAGAAUUUCGGCUUUUCCUGGACAAAGUUCGAAGAGACCUAGUCGAUCAAUUCUUCGUGAACGAUGACCUCUACAAUAUCCUCGUAAUUUAUAAAUGCAUCUACAGUGGAAGGGAACAAGCGGCGGAAGUUUAUCCGGACCGCUCACUCUUGGAAUGCUUUGGGACAGCCUGCCGCCGCCAAAUGUGUAUGGGCGUUCGUGACGAAUCUAUGACACUCAAGGUUCUACAGGCCGGUCUCGACAACAUGCACUUUAUCCUUCAGUUUCUACAGACGUCUGACAUCACUCCAUGGUAUGACCUACUUGACCCGGCGGAUAAUCUAGAUAUCAUGCAGGUUAUGGCGCACGUUAUCGUGCCAGCUGCUGCCCAAGACGAUACUGACACACUCACCAUAACAACAAACUUGAUGAUAUGCUUUAAGAAUAUGAUGAAACUUCCGGGUGCGCGCGAGAAAGUACGCGUCGCAGUCCAACGAGUGUGGAAGUCGAUCUUUAAAGGGUUACAAGACCUUCCCCGGUCCCCAACGAAGCAUCGCACACUCUCUGAAUGGCGAAUUUUCUGCGCGGCUGUCGGCUUGAAAGAAGGCUCAAGGUAUGAUUUCGAGCUCGAUACCGAACCUAUAACUUCAAACGAGAAACGAUGCUACUGGCGAAAAUGCAUCUGUUCGAGACGGGAUCCCGAGCACUCCAUUCGAGUAUGCAAAGGAUGUUGGCGCGUUUUCUAUUGUAGUUCUCACUGCCAGCGCAGGUACGCUUUCUGGAACCGCGGUCUAGUUAUUAGCUCAUAUGUGACGUUAUUUAGCGACUGGCAAAACGGACACCGUGAACGAUGCCAACGACUAAGGAUACCUUGACAGGAGAUCUGUUGGAUCUUAGUCCGGGCCUAAUAUAAAACACGAUGUACAGAUAGGAAAGAUUUUCCGAUUCGCAAGCAAAUCAAGGAGUUGCAUAAAUACUUUUCUUCCUGUAUACUUUUCUUCCUGUAUCCACAAUGACAUGUCUUUACUUUUUC